AUGGCAGUGAACUAUGGUUGUGUCUUCAGUGCAUUUACGGUUGGGAGUAUUCUCUGUGCAAUUAUUUCAACUUUUAUAACUUCACAAGAUGCAUAUCUGAUACAGUUUUCUGCUUGUGGAUGUGUGUGCAUUCUUGCAUUAGUUAUUUCCUUUUGGAUUGAAGACAGAAAAAUGCCGAAACAUUGCAAUAUUUGCAACUGUUGUUCUGCCGCAUGUCCAACCCUGCGUGUUGGAUAUUAUGACCCUAGUGCUACACAGGGGAUUUUGGAAGAAGAAGAAGAAGAAGAAGAGUGA